GCAGUGUGCAGCGACUACAAAUACCUCGACUACCUGCACCCACAUUAGCAUCAUCGGACAGGUUCCUCAUUCAUUAACAGGCUAAUAACUUCUAUUCAGCAUCUUCCAACUUCCUUUAAUUCGUUCACCAUAAUCCACUCAAGCAUCUAAUUCACAUUUCGGUUGAUCCGACAUAUUACCAUUCACCAUGAAGUACAUUCUCGUCGCCUCUCUCCUCUCCUCCGCAGCUCUUGCUGCUCCUUUCGCCCAGCAAGGCAACGGUAAUGCCAAUGGCGGCAAUACCAACGGGGCCACCAACCAGCAACAGGGUGGAGCUACUCAGGGUGGAGCUACUCAGCAGGGCAAUGGCCAGACUCAGCAGCAAGGAACACAGAACGUACCCACAGGCCUUGGUGCCGGUGCUACGGGAACCAAUGGCCAGACUCCUACUGCGGGUGAUCUCGCCACCGCGGUGUCCAACUGGAUGGCUGACACCUCCAUGGUCUCCAACUUCCUCAACACUGGUGCCAGCAUUCAGAACAACGCUGCUUUCAAGCAGGCUGCUCUUGUCGCCUACAACGCUGAGGUUGACGAGCUCAACCACAAGGCUAUCAUCGACGCUGCCAAUGGCGCCCAGCCCAACGUCCAGGCUGCUAACUCCACCCUCGCCACCGGUGGUGCUUUCAUGGAUGUCGUCAACAAGCUCCAGAUCAUGUCUGUUCAGGGCCAGGCCGCAGCAAACAACAUCGACCUGAUCAACCAGAACCGUUGCACAAACGUCCUCCCCAACAUCGAUGCUUACAUGGCCUCCACCGGCUCCACCUCCCAGGCGGUCCGUCCCCAGGUCUGCGACCAGACCGGUGUCGCCGGCGGUGUCCAGAGCCAGGGUCCCACUCUGCCCGGCCAGCCCGCUGGUACGCCCCAGGCCGCCUUUGCAGCUGCCCAAGCGCUACAGCAAGGAACCGGCAAUGGCCAGCUGAACCUCCAAGCCAACGGCAUCCCCGCUGCCCAAGCCGCCGCCCAGGCUGGAAACCCUCCCCCCCAGGCUGGCGCAGCCACUCCUCAGGCUGGUACAGCGGCUCCCCAGACUGGAGUCAACGGACAGCAAGGCGCUGCCAACACCCAGGGUACCGGCAACACCCAGACAGGCGCCAACACCCAGGGCACUGGCAACACUCAGACAGGCGCCAACACCCAGGGUACUGGCAACACCCAGACUGGAGUCAAUGGACAGCAAGGUGCUGCCAACACCCAGGGUACCGGCAACACCCAGACAGGCGCCAACACCCAGGGCACUGGCAACACUCAGACAGGCGCCAACACCCAGGGUACUGGCAACACUCAGACAGGCGCCAACACCCAGGGUACUGGAAACACUCAGACAGGCGCCAACGGACAGCAAGGCGCUGCCAACACCCAGACAGGCGCUAACACCCAGGGUACACAGGGAACCAACGGACAGCAGACCGGAAACACUCAAGGCACUCAGACUCAGGGCGGCGCUGCUGCGGGCGGUGCUGCUGCAGGUGGUGCUGCUGCGGGUAGCCCCGCUGCCGCUGCUGCUCCUGCUCAGUCAUCCGCUGCUGCUGGUGGCAAGAACGCCGGCAAGGGCAAGGGCAAUAAGAACAAGAACAACUGAGCGUCUUUUCGGGAUGCUAACAGAGAAGUGAGAGCGCUGUGGCUGGUUCACGGAUCACCCUCUCUGCAUGGAUGAUUGGAUGGUUAAUGCCUAUGUAUAUUUGAUAUUGAGUUGCUUAAUGGUGGAUUGUAUCAGAGGGAGCGUAAAUAGUCAAGAUGCUGAACAGUUAGUUAAACGGGG